CCCGGCUUGGAGGCACAGUCGGAGAAACAACCAGCCAGACUCUUCAGAGACUGGAGCCAGCCUGACCUGCAUCCCUCCCCUGCUUUGGUGGGAUGUCCAGGGUUUGGAGGGUGGGGAAGGCCGAUGCCCCACCACGGAGUCAUCUCUGGAGCCUCACCUUCCUGAAGGGGGCUUCUGUCCCUAAAGGAUGAAGAGGAGCCGGCUGUUCCUGUAACAGGCCAGAGGAGGAGGGAAUGACCGCUGGGCUCCUUGCUGCCGGGGCCCGGGAGCAAGUGACCUUUGAGGACGUGGUUGUGGACUUCACCCGGGAGGAGUGGGGGCAGCUGGAGCCCGCCCAGAGGACCCUGUACCGCGAUGUGAUGCUGGAGACCUUUGGGCUCCUGGUCUCCGUGGGACACUGGCUCCCGAAGCUGGACGUCAUCUCCCUGCUGGAGCAGGUGACAGAGCCGUGGGCAGUGGACGAGGGCCUUCCCCAAGGUGUGUGCCCAGACUUGGAAACUAGACCCCAAACCAAACCGUCAGUUCCAAGACAAGACAUCACUGAAGAAGUACCUAACAGUGUCCUGGUAGAAAGGUUCCUGUGGGACAAUCUGUGGUGCCCUGAGCAGGGAGAUGCCAACGGCCACUGGGAGCGGAGUCACAGGAACCUAGAUGCCCGUGUGCUACAGGUGGCCUUCACACUGGAGAAGACACUCAUUCAGGAGCAGCAGGUGGGGAAUGGGCUUGGGGAAAACAGAGGUCUGGGCCCUGGUCUCGGCAUUCAGCCAAUGACCCCUGAAAGACGAGGCCCCCACAUGUGGGGGACACAUGGAAAGAGGGAGAAUCUGGACUCCAAGUUAAAUUCCCAACAGAAAACCUAUGCAAAAGAGAAACCCUACAAAUGUCAGGAAUGUGGAAAGGCCUUUAGUCACAGCUCAGCACUCAUUGAACACCACCGAACACACACAGGAGAGAGACCUUACGAAUGUCACGAGUGUGGAAAAGGUUUCCGAAACAGCUCGGCACUGACCAAACACCAGAGAAUCCACACUGGCGAGAAACCUUACAAGUGCAGUCAGUGUGGGAGGACCUUCAACCAGAUCGCCCCACUGAUCCAGCACCAGAGGACUCAUACUGGCGAGAAGCCCUACGAGUGCAGUGAAUGUGGGAAAUCCUUCAGUUUUAGGUCUUCCUUCAGCCAGCACGAGCGGACACACACGGGUGAGAAACCCUAUGAGUGCAGUGAAUGUGGGAAGGCCUUCCGGCAGAGCAUCCACCUCACACAGCACCUGCGAAUCCACACUGGGGAGAAGCCCUAUCAGUGUGGGGAGUGUGGCAAGGCCUUCAGCCACAGCUCCUCCUUGACCAAACACCAGCGCAUCCACACCGGGGAGAAGCCCUAUGAGUGCCAUGAGUGUGGCAAAGCCUUCACCCAGAUCACACCGCUGAUUCAGCAUCAGAGGACGCACACGGGAGAGAAGCCCUAUGAGUGCAAUGAGUGUGGGAAAGCCUUCAGCCAGAGCACACUCUUGACGGAGCAUCGAAGAAUUCACACGGGAGAGAAACCCUAUGGGUGCAAUGAGUGUGGGAAGACUUUCAGUCAUAGCUCGUCACUCAGCCAGCACGAGCGGACGCACACGGGCGAGAAGCCCUAUGAGUGCAGUCAGUGCGGGAAGGCCUUCCGGCAGAGCACACACCUCACCCAGCACCAGAGAAUCCACACUGGGGAGAAGCCCUAUGAGUGUGGCGACUGUGGCAAGGCCUUCAGCCACAGCUCCUCCCUAACUAAGCACCAGCGGAUCCACACCGGUGAGAAGCCCUACAAGUGUAACACCUGCAGCAGAGCCUUCAGCCAGCUCGCCCCCCUCAUUCAGCAUCAGAGGAUCCACACAGGAGAAAAGCCCUAUGAGUGUACUGAGUGUGGCAGAGCCUUCAGCCAGAGCUCCCUUCUCAUAGAGCACCAGAGGAUUCACACCAAGGAAAAGCCCUAUGGGUGUAAUGAAUGUGGGAAAUCCUUCAGUCACAGCUCAUCACUCAGCCAGCACGAAAGGACACACACGGGGGAAAAGCCCUACGAAUGUCAGGACUGUGGAAAAUCCUUCCGGCAGAGCACCCACCUGACUCAGCACCGGAGGAUCCACACGGGAGAGAAGCCGUAUGAAUGCAGGGACUGUGGGAAAGCCUUCACACACAGCUCCUCCCUCACCAAGCACCAGAGAACUCACACUGGGUAGACCCAUUCCACGUGUGCAGGGACACAGGAAAGCCUUAAGCCAUAGCUCAUUCCUUACUAGACUUGACCCGAUGAUACUCAUGAGAAGCAACAGAAACAUUUUUAUACACAAGCUUUCACAGUCAACAUACUCCUCAGACCCCCUCAGAGUUCACAGUGAGGGAAAUGACGGUGGGGAUACUGAGCUCCAGGUCGUCCAUCCCUGAAUAUCAGGUCAUCCAAACAGUAGGGACAUGUGCAAUCAAUGUGGGGAAACUUUAGCCAUGAGUGCCCAUGAAUGCUAUGUCAUAGAUCCUACAGAGAGAGAAAUGGAGGAAAUGUAGUGGAUCUGGGGAAUUCUGUCCAAGGAUUGACCAUAUUCCAAACCAGAGAUUUUCAGAGUGGUGAGAAACCCAACAAAUGCCUUUCAUAUAAAAGAACCAAAUGCAGCCAGAAUUUAUCAUUAUUGCACAUUACAUUCUUAGCAGGGGAGAAGUGCUUAUCAACGGUGCAAGCUGACUCUGAUAGUCCCUACAAACAGUAUGGCAGAGUGCUCCAGACACGAGCACAUCCUUAUGGAAUCAGCAUGGAUACUCAACUGUCUCAGUGCAAAGUUUCCUGAUUUGUGUGUAAAUUGUUUGAUCAAGAUACAUGGCAACCAGUCUCACAGUUUUGAAUUCCAUGAGACAAGAAUAUCCGUGUACUAUAAACAUUUUAAAUUAUCUGCGUUAUUUUGCAAUAAAUAAACCUUUAUAUGCAAUGGAAUUGAAAAGAUUUGUAUAGGAAGACUUGAAAUGUAAAGCCACUUCUGUGGAGUCUUCUGGAUUCUGAGAUGGCUUUUGCUGCUCUGCUUGCUAUCAGUUUCUCUGCAGGACUCACAGGCAUUAAGAACACAGAUGUUGCUGUUUCACAAAAAGAGGAAGAUUUUUCCCUUUGUUAAGCCACCAUCUUAUGAGCAAUAGCACCUCCACAUGGAACCUUAUGUUUUGCAAGAUUUCUCUCUCUUGAGAAAUGUACAAGUUAAUCUUCUCUUGAACUUUUUUCUUCUCUUGAUUCUUCAUCCUGGUGUUUAAUAAGCUUUUGUUAAAAUCUAAUUUAACUUAAAGGUCCAUAGUAUUUCAUCGAACUCUGAGUCCACUACCAGCAGUCCCCCGACAACCACAGCUCUUAAACAGUGACUUGCUACCCUCAUUAGAACCCAUAUUUGAAGUGUAUUGGCUGGUUUCGGUCACCAACCAUCAGUUAGGGUUAUAUCAAUUAGUCUGAUUUUCCUAAUCACAAUGCUGGGAUGUAAGUUUCCAGUUAACUUGAAAUUUCUCCCUUGGGGGAACCAUGUUGCAAAUAGUCUUCCAAUACUGUUCCUCAGUAUGCCUGUGGAGUGCCUCCUCUUUUUUGGAAUAAUUUCAGAGUCAUUUAAAUGCCACUUAAGAAAAUCAGUAAAUAGUGCCUUGCAGCUCUCUCCAAUAGAAACAGUGCAAGCUGCAUCAGUAAACUUAAAUACUGUAACAGUCCUAUUGAAAAAGGCAAGCAGAAACAGGUGAAGUUAAUUCACUACUGGUCUCUAUGUAUCCCAAAUGUUACCAUUUUGACAUGUUGUCAAUAUAAAAAUCACUGAGACGUUUUCCUUUCUUUCCGUACACUACGUCUUUGAACUCCAGUGUGUAUUUCACAUUUGCAGCAUAUCUUAAUUCUCUGUAGCCACAUCUCAAGUGCUCAUUUGCCAUGUGUAGCUGGCCAGUGGCUGCACUGAAAGGGAAGCUCAGUAGCCUUGGUCCUUUGAUCAGCUGUUCUGUCCUCCCUCUUUUAUUGCACAUGCCCCGCCCCCCAUGCUUCCCCUUGUGUAGCUUCUUGUCCCCAAGGAAACCAGAUGUACUGGGAAGAUCAGCUUCUUUAGGUAAAUGGCAUGACAGGCUCCUCCCCCUAAGUCUAGUGUAGCAAAUAUGCAAUGCUGGUUGUGCAUAUUUCAGGCUCUCUAGGAAUAUCAUUCUUAUCAUAGAACAUUAUGUUUGGAAAAAAUGUUAAGACUCUUCUAUUGCAAUUCUGUUCAGUAAAAAUGGAACCCAACCACACACUCUUGCCGUCCUGUGAAAAUGCCAGAUUUCUGGGAAAUGGAGUUGUACAAGCUCCUGCCUGCCCUCUCUGCCCCUCCCCCUCCUUCCCCUGCAAUGAUAGAAAGAGGAAUACAGCAGGCAGUUGGGAGCCAUGGAGCAGUGCCCACAGUAUCGCUUCUGCCCUAAACCAGGAACGAGGUGAAAGUCCCUACCAGAAGGGUGUCAGGAAAACUGUGGGACGAAUGCACUCCUGACUCUCGAGGACCUCACAGACUUGGACAGUUGCUGAUAGGUCUUAAUUAUUGACACUAAAAGAUCAACAAGGAAAACUGAAGGGGGUGAACAGAGGUUAAGGUGAAGAAUGGGGUAGAGUUCUGAGGCUAGGUCAGAAGAGGCCAUGCGGUUUACACCAUGCUCACUGGAACACUUAUACUUGGAGCCCUGAGACGCCAUGUGGGAAGUCCAGCUACCGUGAGGCUGCCCUACUGUGAGGAUGCCCAAGCCACACAGGCUCUGCUUAGGGGUUCCAGUCAGCAGUCCCAGUCUCUGAGGCCCCCAGGUUCAUCAGGCAUGUAAGUGAACAAGUCUUCAGAUGACUCCAGACCCUCAGUUUUCAACCUACCUCAGCCUUCAAGUUCCCAGCUGAGGCCUCAAACACGGUGGAGCAGAGACAAACCAUCCCUGUUGUGCCCUUUCCAAAUUACUGAGCCCCUGAAUCUGUGAGCCAAACAAAUUGUAGUGCUGUGUUCUGUGAAGUGUUGGGGUGGUUUGUUACACAGCAAUAGUAACUCAUGCACUCUGGGAGAGAGUCUUUUUUAAUAGAAAUACAGUUGAGUCAGUCCUGCUUCACCCUCUCCAGUGGCUUCCUACCACUCCUCAGAUGAAGAGAAAAUCCUGACUCUGGCAGAGAAGGUGCUGGAAGAUUGGGCAUCCACCCACCUUUGGGUCUCAGUCUACCCCAGAUCUCUGUGUGCCAGCCACCUAGACCUUACUUGUUUUUCUGAACUAGUGUCUCUCACAGUGGGAUCCAUGGCUUUUGUCAACAGAAGCACCAGGGUGCUGAUUAUAAAUGCAGAUUCCUGGGCCUUGCACCAGAACAAAUGAGUCCAAAUCUUUGGGGUGGGGAUGAUGAGGCUGACUCUUGUAUCCUCUGUAGCAUGAGGGUCCCAGCGCUAAAUACAACGUGCCGCCCUUCUCAGGCCCUGUGGAAAGACCCUUUCUGCUGCUCUUAGGAACCACUCCCUCCCUCUGUCAAUUGGUUAAUGCCCACAUAUCCUCCCAUCUCAGACCCAUGAACUCUGCCUCAGGGAACCCUUUCCAAACUUUGUAAUACAUAUAACAAUCAUUAUUUGUCUGCUUUUUGGCUUAAAGUCUAGCACUCUCAGCACACUCUGAGGGCAGGGAGCACCCUCUCUGACCCCCUUUCUCCCUCCCAUGCAGCCGAGUGACUCAGUAAAAGUGACUCCCCAUUUACCAGGUCUCCUCCUUGGGUCAAGCUAGUCACGGCAACACCAUCUUUCUGGUGAAUGACUGGUUCAGGGACCCAGGCUGCAGCCAAUCAGAGCAAGGCUGUGGUGUCCAGGGGUGAAACUGUGGCUUAUGUAGGUUCAAUGAGACAAAGGGGAACGUCUCAUUCUUUGCUAAG